CCCUGGCCCUCGAGAGGGCGCCAUAUAAAAUGGCUUCCUCGAUUUUGGUUGCGGAUUAUGGGUCGUCUGAUGCAGAAAGUGAGGAGGAAACUUCAUCGGAGAAAUCUCAGCAAGUGGAGAGAGGCUUGCAGCCACCAGCAGGAGUAAAUCUACUCGCCAGCACUGGUGACAAAUCAGACAGUGAUGCAGACAGUGAUGGGGAUGUCAAAGGAGUAAGGACUAGCACAACGUCUUCCAAGACAAAGACAAAUACCGCGGGUGACAAAGAGCUGGAGAAGUUGCCUCUGCCCAGUGCGUUUGGGACGGAUAUCCAACACAGACCGCUGGGGACAACAGCAGGGCCAGCGUCCUCCUCCAUCUAUGCUAACCCAUUUGAGCAGGCAGAGCAGCACAAACUGUCCAUUCUAGAGCAGCACGUCAAGCUCACCUCAACCCAGGGGAAGGAGGCAGAGCUUGGGGGCAAGAAGACAAUCUGUUGGAAGUUCCGAAAAGGCAGGUGCCGCUUCGGACACACUUGCAAGUUUGCCCACGACAGCGACAUCCCCACAAUGCUGGCCCCAAGCAGCCAGGCAGAGGGGAUGAGCAACGAUCCGGCAGUGAACAGUAGGAUUGGCUAUCCGGUGCAAACCAGGGGGGUUUAUGAUCAGGGGUUAUGGACCGAGCAAGGGGCGGAAGAGGAUGGUAAUGAUGGGGAACAGUUGAAGCGAAAGCGACGGCCAGGCUUGAGCCAGACCCUCAACCCUUCCAAGAAAGUGAUGACAGCUUUCUCCAGGCAAAGGAGUAGAGCGAGCCCUUGGUCACAGCACAGAUGAAGUUUUCCAUGGCAGCUUACUCCAAUCCACAAUCCUCUCCAAGCACAGGACAUUACAUUGCCACGAUUUCCAAAGAUCAUCUGGAAAUCUUGCUGUUAGUCCUGGCAGCACCAGACAGCCAUCGUUGAUAACAAGAUCCCCAAAAAUGCCCUCCCUAGUAGGCCAUGUAAUCAUUCAAAAUUUGAUGGCUUUUGACAGUACUUGUACUUCAGUGACAGUACUCACUCACUGAGAAUAAAGAUUGUGGAUGUUUAUUAAUUUUGGAAACACAAGCCUUUGUCCAAGUGUCCCAAAGAUACUAAUAAAAAAAUAGUACUUGUUGCAAUAUUUGUACUUCUAUAUGAUAAGCAGCACUGCUGGGGAUACAUGUAGGUUUAUUGAGAACAAAAUGUCAGGAUGCCACAUGCAAGGCAGCAUUUUUUAGAAGUUUUCUCUUUCAGUCUUCCCAUUUAGCAAUUGUUAAGGGUUUCUGUAUAAAUAUUUGAUCCAGAAUUACCAAAUCUAGCUGCUCGACCUUGAUGCUGCUAGAAUACUGUAUCAAGAAAGAAGGAAUUCAAUGAGUAAUAUACUUGUUUAUGUAAGGGUCAUUCCAUGUCAGAACAACACACCUUUUGACCUUAGGUCUUCAGAUUUUUAUAAAAAUUGCUGUGAUUGUAGACACCAAUGAAAGAUAGAUACAUGCCAAUUUUUAGAGGAAUCCACCCUUCCAUGUGGUCGGGGCAGAUGUCCAAAAAAUGGACAGUUUUAACUUAAAAAUCUGCCUUUUAAGUGAAAAUGAAACUUAAGGUUCAAAAUUUC